AUGAAGGGAGUCCAGUUUUUUGGAAGAGAAGACGUUCGGUUUUCGCAUCUCGUGCCGGAGCCUCAGAUCCGGCAUCCUGCAGAUGUCCUGAUCGACGUUGCUUGGUGUGGAAUAUGUGGAUCUGACCUCCACGAGUAUUUGCACGGACCUAUUUUCUUUGAGUCCAAUGCGACAGAUGCAGGCAAUAAUAUUUCUGGUAAAAAGAUGCCAUUGUGCCUUGGUCACGAGUUCAGUGGGGUAGUAAAGGCCGUUGGCCCUGGGGUGACCAAAGUCAAGACUGGAGACAGAGUGGUGGUUGAGCCUACCGGCCAUUGUCGUGACCGGGUUAGAUACUCCGAAUUUCUGGACAAGGAAAGAAUUGAGGAACCUCUUUGUGCUGCUUGCAAAAAUGGAAUGACGAAUAUUUGCAUAUACAAUGGACUAUGCGGCUUGGGCGUUGACAAUGGAGCACUUGCAGACCUGGUUACAUAUGGAGAGGACCAUGUUUUAAAGAUUCCUGACAACAUCCCACUUGAUAUUGCGGCUCUAAUCCAGCCUCUAGCUGUUGCCUGGCACGCUGUCGAGGUAGCACAUGUGGUUGCUGGCUCUAGUGCUUUGAUCCUCGGAGGUGGUCCUAUCGGUCUUGCCGUGGUCUUGGCCCUACAAGGACACGGAGUCAACCGUAUUCUGGUAAGUGAGCCCGCAGAAGUUAGGCGAAAACAAGCCGCAUCGCUUGGAUGUGAAACUUUUGAUCCUAUGACUGUGAAGGCCGAAAAAAUUGGAAUUUUGAGAGAGGCAGCUCCUGGUGGGGAAGGAUUCGAUUACUCUUUCGACUGCUCGGGAAUUCCAGCAACAUUCAAGGCUUCAAUUGAGGCCUUGGCUCCCAGAGGAACUGCUGUCAACGUUGCGAUUUGGCCCAAGCAACCAAUUCCCCACUACGUAAUGGACCUUACCUACCAGGAAAAAAGGGCCACGGGCUCAAUGUGCUACACCAUGAAGGACUUUGAAGAUGUUGUGGAUGCUCUCGAAACUGGGAAAAUCGAUUUGCGCAGUGUUGAAAGGUUGAUUACGGGUAAGAUUUUACUGGAGCACACUGUGGAGAAGGGACUUCUCGAGCUAGUUAAGCACAAAGAAAAGCAUGUGAAGAUUCUGAUCACUCCAAAGCACUUGGAACUGGUGUAA